CUAUAGGAGACAUAGAGAUCCUGAGCCCUCCGUCGCAAUGGUCACCAAGUGCCACCUGAAGCUCGGCCGCUGCCGUUCCCAGGAGCCACUGGUGCCGAAGGACCUCUGGAGCUCCCUGCCCCUGUGGAUCGCCCUGCAUGCGGAAAGGGGGAAGAUGCCCAAGUGCUGGGAGGGGCACCGCCUCUACGCUGAGAAGGCGAGCAGGGCCCAUCCGGAGUGCACCUACUGCCAGAAGGUUGGCCGCGGCUCUGUGCUGAUUUGCCGCAAGUGUCCCUGGUGGCUGAUCUGCAGCUCCUGCGCACGGCGUCCUCGGCUGCCUCCGUUGCAGUGCGACCCCCUGUUCUUCGGCCCCAGCACACCCCGGCUACUGCCCGCGCUCACAGAGAGCUCGCAGCUUUCGACGCGCGGCAGUGUGGUGAUUUGCCCUGGGGGCAACUACCAGUUCUUGGUGCCUCAUGAAGGCAUGCCUGUCGCUGAGUACUUCGCGCAACAGGGCUUCCGGGCCUACGUGCUCCGGUACCGGCUGCUCCCAGAGUUCACCUUGCAGGACAUGAUGUGUGACCUGGGUGCCGCAGCGAACCUGCUGCGAAGCAAAGGCCCCGUGUGCGCCAUGGGCUUCUCCGCCGGCGGGCACCUGGUGGCCUCUCUGGGGACCCAAAGACCGCUGGACGCGCAGGUCCUGGUCUAUCCUUGCAUCGACGGCUCUGACUGGGCCGAAGAGGACAACUGCGGCUUCUGGGGCGAGGAUUUCGAGCAGUGCCUCGCUCAGGGCCAGUCGUUGCUCUCAACGCGGAAGAAGCUGCUGGGCGGGCGAGGGCUGAAGGCGCCUCCCAGCUUCCUGGUGGCCUCCACGAAGGAUGAGGCCUCGCCCCCCAAGAAGCACACGGACCCCUACGCGCAGGCCCUGGCGAAGCGCGGCAUCCAUUGCACCUACCUGCGCCGGGACUUUGGCCCCCACGGCUUCGGUUUGGCCGGGGGCUGGCCGGAGGAGUGCAUGGCUUGGCUGCGCCAGCGAGGUUUCGGGCCUGAGGAUUGAGGGCGGGAGCCCGAGCCGGAGCCCGGCUUUCAGAUGGCAGGGCUCCGACUCCUAAACCUGAGCGCGCGGGAAUUCGAGCGGGAAAGCAGCAGACACCCGGGUUCCCUUUAGGUCCCCUGUGAGUAUCACCUAAAGGGCGAACCCACC